GUGAGGGGAGUCCAUGGGACGAGACAGACCUGCCCCGUCUUACCCUGUGGACAAUCUGGUGGCCGGCUGUGUCUGUUGAUCAAAAGAACCAGAAGGCUAUAUCGAAACCAACCAAGAACACAAUCCUAAUGUCAUUAUUUUCUGUAAACAGGGCUUGAGUAUCACUGAAACGCAGACAGUGGCCCAGAUAUCCCACGGCUUUCAGACCACCCAGAACAGGAGAGGAACAUCGAACAAAUUCUCGCCAACUUACCCAGGAGAAUCCCAUUUCUGGAAAAGUCAAGAGUGAAAAGAAGGGUCAGGAAUGUCUUCCACAGGGCUGGAGCUGAUCGGCUUCACUCUGGGAAUGCUGGGUUUUUUAGGGACACUGGUUGCUACCAUUUUGCCCAACUGGAGAACCACUGCAUACAUCGGCUCCAACAUUAUCACAUCCGUAGGCUACCUGAAAGGCCUGUGGAUGGAGUGUGCCUACCUCAGCACGGGCACCAUCCAGUGCGAGACCUACAACUCCCUGCUGGCUUUGCCCUCUGAUCUCCAGGCUGCACGGGCCAUGAUGGUCAUUUCAGUGGUUCUAUCCAGCUUGGGCUGUGCCAUCUCUUGUGUUGGAAUGAAGUGCACCACCUGCAUGCUCACGUCUUCAGCCAAAUCCAAAGUGGCUGGCGCUGGGGGCUGCUUUUUCCUGGCUGCUGGCUUCAUGUGCUUGAUCCCUGUGUCAUGGACAACUAACGAGGUGAUCAGCAUUUUCUAUAACCCUAACCUGUCCUCCAGCUACAAAUACGAGAUGGGCGAGUCGCUCUACGUGGGCUUUGUGUCUGCCUUGCUUUCCUUCCUAGGUGGGGGUAUUCUAUGUGCCUCCUGCUGUGGGCAGGAAGAGGGCGCAAGACACUUCGGUCUUGGGGGACUCCACCCUUACCCAAUCAGCAAUCCCCAGUACUCACAGCAAAUGACUUUUCGGAACCCGGCGGCACACAACAGCAAAGACCCCCAGCCCCCGGUGCCCGCCUCCUCCUCCCGGACUCAGAGAACCAACUUCAAUGGCUACAACCUCAAUGGGUAUGUGUGACACUGCUAGGGUGGGUGAACUGGACCAGGAAUUAUGGAACACUGACUUGUUACUUGACAGUGGACUAUCACUGGAAAACUUACACCUUGCACCCUGUGCAGUCUAUUAUAAACAGGUUGCAGUGCAUUUAAAAUGUUCUAAAACUUGAAAUAUGCCAGCAUAAAUUCUGUUGCUAAUCUAUGAUAAAACUAAGCUAGGGCUGUAUUUUAUUUCACAGUAAAAAGACGGCUUAUUUCACUGCUUUUCACAAUCUGAAAAUAGGUAUUUCAAGAUAUUUUAUGAUUAAACAUAAUAUUAUUAAAGCAGAAAAAAAUGGGUGUUG